AUGGCGCAUAACCACCGAAUUCAGGCUCCAAGUAACGAAGGGUCGGAGGAGCUGGCCCUUCUUCGGUUCAGAGUUAUCAGGCGACAUCAAGAGUGCACCCGUAUCCAACGAGAACUCCAGGAAAUUAUCCGUUGGUACGAUUUUAUUGCUAGCAACUCAUACAUGUUCUCGUCGAUGCACCUCACGCUGGUUGACGAAUUUCUUGGACCCCGACUGGCGGGUUUCAUUCAGCAAAUUCUCCAUUUACUGAAUGGCGAAGAUUUAGAUGUAAAUAUGCUCGGUUUGUGGGAGUGGUAA